AUGCCGACCAUGCGGCUGUCGUUCUUCACCGUUUUCCUUUGUGCUGUUGGCGGGGCCAUUGCCGAAGAUGGCUCCCAGGGUUGGCUACGCUAUGCCCGCAUUCCCGAUGGGCCAUGUGCACAGUCGGUUCCGCCGACAAUUAUCGCACUGAACAGCACAAAAACCAGCCCCGUCUAUACGGCUGGCCAGGAGCUCCAGAAGGGCGUGAGUGGUAUUUUUGGCAAGCAGCUCAAAGUGAGCAGUACUGCGGGCCGUAGCCGCUCGGCCAUCAUCGUGGGGACGGCAGACGCUUACAAAAAGGCCUAUGGCGGUUUUCGUGAAGACCGAAAUCUGGAGGCGGAUGGGUUUUACCUCGAGACAAGCAGAGACAAGGUCGUUAUUGUCGGGCAAAACGAGCGCGGUGCUUUGUACGGCGCCUUUGAGUACCUCUCCCAGCUUGCGCAAAACGAUGUCAAGUACGGGUCAAAGAUUCACAACCCUCAAGUGCCAAUCCGAUGGACCAACGAAUGGGACAACAUGGAUGGCAGCAUCGAGCGAGGCUAUGCGGGUCCAUCGCUCUUCUUCAAGAACGGCUUCGUCGUCGAAAACACCACUCGUAUUGCCGAGUACGCCCGGCUGCUGGCGUCGAUCGGCAUCAACGGCGCCAUCAUCAACAACGUCAAUGCCAAUGCGACCUUGCUCAACGACCGCAACGUCGAGGGCAUGGGCAGGAUCGCGGAUGCAAUGAGGCCGUACGGAGUACAGAUUGGCAUUUCGCUCAACUUUGCAUCCCCAAAUGCUACUCUGGGGACGUUUGACCCGUUGGAUCCCAGGGUCGAUGCGUGGUGGGCCAACAUCACCAACUACAUCUACUCCAAGGUUCCGGACAUGGCAGGCUACCUGGUAAAGGCCAACAGUGAGGGCCAGCCUGGGCCGUUGACUUACAACCGCACGCUGGCGGAUGGAGCAAACAUGUUUGCCAGAGCGGCGAAGCCUCACGGCGGCGUAGUCAUGUUCCGCGCUUUCGUAUACGACAACCACAUCAAGGAGUCGGAUUGGUAUGCUGACCGCGCGAAUGCACAGCUCGAGUUUUUCCAGCAUCUUGACGGAAAGUUUGAUGACAAUGUUGUCGUACAGAUAAAGUUUGGACCAAUUGACUUUCAGGUCCGCGAACCACCAUCGCCACUGUUUGCAGCGCUUCACCAAACUAGCACAGCCAUUGAGCUCCAGAUUACGCCUGAGUACCUUGGCCAGAACUGCCACUUGGUCUACCUCGCGCCGCAGUGGAAGGAGAUUCUCGAGUUCGACAUGAGGGCCGAGAACCGCCCAUCAAAAGUCAAGGAUAUUGUUACCGGCGAACGGUUCAAGCGACCGCUGGGAGGAUACGCUGGUGUCUCUGGCGUUGGCUCCAAUACGACAUGGCUGGGUAGCCAUCUGGCCAUGUCAAACCUGUAUGCCUUUGGACGGCUAGCCUGGGAUGCGUCGAGCGAGUCGGAGGCCAUUCUCCAGGACUGGGUCCGAUUGACCUUUGGAUUCGACCAAGACGUGCUUGACACCAUUACCGACAUGUCUAUGAAAUCGUGGCCUGCAUACGAAAACUACAGCGGUAACCUCGGGAUCCAGACGCUGACGGAUAUCCUGUACACGCACUAUGGGCCUAACCCAGCCUCGCAGGAUAACAACGGCUGGGGACAGUGGACGCGCGCCGAUGCCUUUAGCAUUGGCAUGGACCGCACAGUGAAGAAUGGCACUAAAAAUGCCGGCCAGUAUCCGCCAGAGGUGGCACGCGUGUGGGAGGACAUUGAGCUCACACCGGAUAAUCUGGUGCUGUGGUUCCACCACGUUCCCUACACGCACCGGCUCAAGUCGGGCAAGACGGUGAUACAGCAUUUCUACGACGCGCAUUAUGAAGGGGCGGAGACGGCCCAAGCUUUUGUGGGCCAGUGGGAGUCGCUAAGAGGUAAGAUUGACGACGAGCGGUUCGAGCAUGUGCUGUUCCGGCAGAUCUACCAAGCCGGGCACGCGCUCGUGUGGCGGGACGCGAUCAACGAGUUCUACUUCAACCUCUCGCAGAUUCCCGACGAGGCCAAGCGCGUGGGCAACCACCCGUACCGCAUCGAGGCCGAGAGCAUGACGCUGCAGAACUACCGGACAUACCGCGUGCGUCCGUUUGAGACGGCGUCGGGGUUCGCAGGCAUCGUGACGACGUCGAACCAGACAACGGGCGUGGCGAGGGCAAAUGUCACUUUUGCGACGGCCAAGUACGACGUGGCUGUCAACUUCUGGGACGUCAUUGGCGGAAGAGCCAGGUACCAGCUGGACAUCGGGAACCGGACAGUGGGUAGGUGGACAGGCGACAUGGAGGACCGGCUGGGCCACGCGCCGUCGGUCUAUCUCGAUGGACACUCGGCGCGACGCAUCACGUUCCGAGACGUCGCGGUGCAGCAAGGCGACGAGGUGCGCGUCACGGGCCAGGCAGACGGCAUCGAGCCGGCGCCGCUUGACUAUGUUUCCUUUUUGCCAUGCGGAAUCGUCGAUUGA